UUCCAACGGCCGCACUUCCAAGACAAGAUCAAGGCAGGACAAAUUGUACCGGGCACGGGGAUUACGCAUCUCUCGGUAGCGCUACGGGCGCUUCUAGGCUCCAACCUCGAGUGACGUGCCGGUAAAUCCUUCCUGCGUGACGUAUCAUGAUCAUAAAGUCCAGUGCUAAACAACAAAAAAAAAACAGACCACUACCCCGGGAUGUUCAGAGCAUUCCGGUGGUCUUCUAGUUUGGUCCUACCAAGAGCCUUGGUGAGAAGGUCGGCGUGCUGCUCGUCAGUCGGGAUGUACUCGACGGAGAUUCUGCCCGACUUGAACAGCUCUCGAAUGAAAUGGAACCGCACGUCGAUGUGCUUGCUCCUCGCCGAGCUAAAGGGGUUCUGCACCAACGAUAUCGCCCCCUGGUUGUCCUNGCCGCCGCGAAGCCCUUGCGCCACUACACCUAGUUCCGCCGCAUCGCACGUCAGCGACGGCGGUGGUGGAGGGGCAAGGGUUAGGAGCGACAGCACUGAUGGUGAGCACUCUACAAUCAGUGGAGCCGGUGAUCCAGCGAGCGACGGGUCGGCGAAGGUACCACCCUGGCUGGAACAUUUGCACAAACUUAUCGAGGAAUACAUGAACGCAGAGGUAGUCGACGGCGAAGAUCUGAAUUUUGCUGGUUUGGCGCUUGGCAGCCGCUUUUUUCCCUGGGCGAACCUCACCGAGAUGCUCGUAUCGGUAUGGGCCAUAGUCUGCAGGCCGUCGCGCAAGUCGCUGCAGAUGCUACUCGAUCUUCUCCGUGUGGAGGACAGCGAAGGCGGCAGGUUCGACCCGAGAGACGUUCCCGAGUCGUCCGAGCAUCUCGUCAGUAGGAUGCGGCGGCGCUUGCCGCUCCUUCCUGUGGUACGGCGAGAGGUAAAAGGCAAGGACGACAAGGCUGCGGAGGUACCUGAUUUCCACUUCACUCCGAUUGCCACUCGGGAGUCCGAUGGAGCAAGGGGCGGCUUCAUGAGCGGAGACAUCAUGAUGGCUUCUGCACAUAUGGGCCUGGAGUGUGUGGCCACAACGGAUGGGGUGCGGCUCAUGGUGGGGGACACGGCAAUGGUAAGGUUACCAGCGUUCGGGAACAGCCCACACCCCUGCCGGAUUGCUGCGAUCUUCUGGCAGAAUACGCGGAAGCAGAGGCGACGCGCCCUCGAGCUUUCAGGGGGGAAUGGGGGGGGCGUUUGCCGGUGGUUUCAGGCUUUGGAUACGAUUGACGAAGAGGACGAGGAUGCAGGGUCCUCGCCCUCGUCAACCUCUACAGGCGCAUCGUGGCAAUCGUCGGAAGAAGAUGGGGAGGAAGAAGAGGAAGAGGAAGAGGAAGAAGAAGCGGAAGAGGAAGGAGAGGACGAAACCCAACAGGGGCGGCCGGGGGGUGGGGUCCAAAGCACUGGUCAUCUUGUUGUGCGUGUCAAUCCAUUCGUGUUCAGGAGCGACAUGCCCGACGGUAUCAAGAGCAAGCGCCGACGAGACCAAGAUGUGGAGUCUGUUUGGGAGGUCACGAACCAGGAGGAGAACGUCGGAGUGAGUGCACUGGUGCUUGUGAGAGGAGGGCUACAAGGGCUGAUCCUCGACAGCCCGGAGCACAGCGACAGGACGAACACGAAGAAUGCCAACGGUUGUACCCUCCGGUCGUGCCAACGCUGCAAAGUACCACGUCGCCAUCUCGGCAACCCGCGCUACGACAUCCGGCAAAAUCGGCGGACAGCCGAAGGCGUCGAUGCCGAUAUCGAGUACGUCAAGCAAGGGGCCACCAAGACCGAGCGCGUCGAGCGCGCGAAACAACGUGGCGUCGUGGUCCCCAAGGUGUCCAACCCCCUGAAGAAGCUGACUUUCGAUCGGCAGCUUCAGGUACCGUUCGACAUCCUGCAUGCGGACAGCCUGGCUUGACUGGAAUGCAAAAGUGGAUCCUCUCCAGCAUCUUCGGCCUGUUAUUCGCACCGAUAUUCGCAGACGUCAACUCGAUGGUUCGUGCAUCUUGUGGACUUGACACAUUUUGGUCUUCGUUCGCUCUAACCUAUCUAUCGUGCGCCUACCUAGCAUAGGACAACAGCGCGAAUCGAUUACGAGUGUUUGCUGGAUUCCGGCCGCAAAACGUGGCUGCGUUAUCACACCGUCUCGGUUUCACGCCAAUUCCUCUGUCCGUUCCUUCAUGUGCAUUGCCUAUCCCAGGAGAAAUACGUGCGCUCCGCCGAGAUCGAGGCUGUGGCUACCCGGAUCGGGUCGGGCUGUAUGCCGGGCUUUCCGAGAUCUCAUGGAAGCAUGCAGUGCGAGCACGUUCAUGGUGCGCCUUGGCUCGUACACAGACGACGAGCUGAGGGUGCUGGAGAAGUGGCAAAGAGAGCAGGUAAAGCAGGCAUCGCGUGUAGUGGGGCUGGAGCUCGGAUCGUUCCACAAAGGUCUGCACAUUCCCGACGAUAUUCGAAACCUUGGUGNGGUGCGGUGGGCAACGCGAACGUUGGCGAAUCUAAGCACAAGGAAGUGAAGAAGUCGGCGACAUCCGCGAGUGGUCGCGACAACCCGGUUCAUAUUUUCAGGACUUGGAACGACACCCAAGCCCUGAAAGCGUUGUGCGACGGCGUCAGGUGGAGUGCGAAAGGUCGCGUAGGCGGGGUCGAGGUCACGAAGGAGUUGACAGCUGGCCCUCUCUGCCGGGAAGUGCUUCAGGAGGUGUUCAAGAUCUUGCCGUUGCAGACGACUCCAGCAGCCUCGGAAGACGGCACGACGGGAAGAGGGGGGGGGCGGCCGCACGGUUACCAACAGUGGGAUGCCGGGUUGGGUCCAAAUCGGCUCGAGACCGGUCUGGACGCCCCGGCAUGGCAGCAGGCGAUAUCGAAAACAUUGCCAUCCGCCGAGCAACUAGAAAAGCGCUACGACGAUGCGCUUGGGUGUGGUAGGACCUCGCAGGAGGCGCCAUGUAGUAGGCGGACGUGCUCUUUUUGCUGGAGGAACAGAGGCCAAGGCAUCGUCCGUCAGACGGUGGUGGUGUUCAACCAUUGGGGCCAGGCUCCGGCGGAAGUCAGUGCUGGAAUCGGCACCAUCCGUGGCGGCCCGGUCAAAGACGCGGGUACCCCUACGUGGGUCCGGUCGGCGGCAUCGCGUGGCAACGACGUCGAGAUAUACCUCAAGGCCGAAGACCAGCGAGCUGGAAACCGAGGGCUAGGUCGCACGACUCUCGGGAAAGUGGCCUAUUUUUUCGAGCACCAAGGCAACGACUGGAGACGAGGUGAUAGCAGCAACGCAAUUCCGGAGGGAGAAUUCACCAUUUGGGUGGCGGUGGCGGAGUAUGUGACAGCAGGAGUUGGCAACAAGCGCAAGGUCGAUCCGGUGACCGGUUUGGACAUGUUUCGGAUGCGCACGUCCCUUACGUUUUUCCCUGCCUCGGCCAUCCGGUGCGUAGUGCAUAUGAUGCAUGCCUGUUCCACAACUGGGACAUCCGCCUGCCGCCUGGUCGACGAGGGGAGCAAGCGGCCGGUAUGGCGGUGCAACCUGACAGGAAACCCGAACUACCUCCUCAACAAGUACUUCCACAGUGUUCUGCGGGACUCCAUCGCCUGAACCUCGCGGGUCUCAUUGGGCGGAGUCAAGCGGGAGGGCGGGGGAGGCGC